UGUGACUUAAAUGAAAUGUAAGAAGCUUUCCCUCAAGCGCCGUUCCCGGUUGCUCUGAAAUUGGCGGGCGAUUUGAAUUUGCACCGGCAGCCAAUCACACUGCAGUCUGAUCGGCUGACGUCCGACCCUCCAGUCACCAGUUUCCGUAUUUAGUCACAGAUAAUGUUUCUCCCCCCGCCCCCGCCCCUGCCCACCCCGCGGCCUGUUGGAAAUUGAUGAAGGAACUGCAGCCAAUCGCAGUGCUGGGACCCUAUAAUAGACACCUCCCCUCUAGCCAAUCAGAGGCUGUGGGGCGGCCCUUCACCAUCACAUUAAAAGCCGGUCCCAGAGCGGGCUCCGUCAUUCCAGUCUCUGUAUUUCAUUUUGUCGGAGGAGAAUGGCCCGGACCAAGCAGACAGCGCGCAAAUCGACCGGAGGGAAAGCUCCCCGCAAACAGCUGGCUACCAAAGCGGCGCGGAAGAGCGCUCCAGCCACGGGCGGAGUGAAGAAGCCCCAUCGCUACAGGCCCGGCACCGUGGCUCUGAGGGAGAUCCGGCGCUACCAGAAAUCCACCGAGCUGCUCAUCCGCAAACUGCCCUUCCAGCGCCUGGUGCGGGAGAUCGCUCAAGAUUUCAAGACAGACCUGCGCUUCCAGAGCUCGGCCGUCAUGGCCCUGCAGGAGGCUAGCGAGGCUUACCUGGUGGGGCUUUUUGAGGACACCAACCUGUGCGCCAUCCACGCCAAGCGAGUCACCAUCAUGCCCAAAGACAUCCAACUGGCCCGCCGCAUCCGCGGGGAGCGCGCCUGAACUCUGCCUCGGCACCAAGAACAACAAAAGGCUCUUUUAAGAGCCACCAACCCAGCAGAGGAAAGAGCUGUGUCUUCCUAUUCACUGUCCUCUUACAUUAGCGUCUCGUCACACUCUGACCUCCCCUUGUGUGCACGAUUCAGUCCAGCACACAUCCGGGCUGUCUCAUCAAACGACUCCGCACAAAACACGACAAGUUCCAACACAGACCCGUUCCUCCGCGCCGACUCCCCAUAAUCGGCUAUUUUCUGCCGUCAGGUAAAAGCGCGGGCAGCGGAGCUUCACCUCUCCCUCCCCGUCAGUGUGUCCGUGAUCAAACACUUCACCCACUCACCUGCCGUGUAAAGUCAGAUGUUGUGAAGAAGGUUUUCGGGAAUUUGUUGUCACUGUUUUACCGAUGUAGAGAAUGGGGUUUGCUAACUGCAUCCCCCUGUUCUGUAACAUGGGUCUCACAUUUCUACCCAAGUCCAUGAUCGUUUCACGGGGACACGAGACGGCGGGACUGGAAUCGCGGUCCUCUCACGGAACAAGUUUGUCAGAUUGCAGUCUCGGCUCAGACCGCAGUUUGUGAACGAGAGACCUGUCCAAAAUCCUAUGCAUUUCAUACACAGACCGAUCGCUAAUGUGAAUCAGUUUGGGGAGUUAAAUUACCAGAAAUGGUGAAAUUAG